UCCGGAAGAGCCGUUCUGCUGUCGCGCUGAUGCGGUAACUGCCGGGUAGUCUGCCCGUAAUUACAGCUCUUUCGCACCGAGCGCACAAAUAGACUACUGUAGUUGUCUUGAAAAUCAAGUUUACAGUACGACGCACAAGUCAAACAUUUAGUCUGCGUUUAGACGCGCUCGUCCAUUCAGCGACGGUGUGUCAGAGCUGGCAAGUCUUCGGGCAAGUCUUCUCAUGAUUUGACACAAUGAAUGGAAGAAGGCAUCUUCAGAGAGCUUAAGUCCAUCUUUAGUCAUUUAAGUGUCAGGGCUGGUGUGUGUGGAGGACUGGAGCAGCAUGGGAACUCUUCGUUCAUCACGCCUCGCUUCUCUCUGAACCUCUUCAUCUCCACCUUUUCAGCACUGCUGUGAGAGGCGGCCGGAGGAGCCCGGAUCUGACAGCGGAGACAGGUGCAGCCCGCCGCCAUGAGCGGAAUACUGAAGCGCAAGUUCGAGGAGGUGGACGGAUCCUCCUCAUGCUCGUCCCUGCGGGAGUCGGAUGACGAGGUGUCCAGCAGCGAGAGCGGAGACAGCAGCGACAGCGUCAACCCGUCCGGAGCGGGCCUCUUCACGCCAUCGUCCAUUCUGAAGCGGGGAAAGCGCAUGCGCGGCAGGAGCGUGCACUUCCAGAACGUGACGGUGUACUACUUCACCCGGCGGCAGGGCUUCACCAGCGUGCCCAGCCAGGGCGGCAGCACCCUGGGCAUGUCCAGCCGGCACAGCUGCAUGCGCCAGUAUACGCUGGGGGAGUUCGCCCUGGAGCAGGAGAGGCUGCACCGGGACAUGCUCAGAGACCACCUGAAGGAGGAGAAGCUCAACUCCCUCAAGCUCAAGCUGACGAAGAACGGCACGGUGGAGUCGGAGGAGGCCGACGUGCUGACGGUGGACGACAUCUCGGACGACGACAUCGACCUGGACAACACCGAGGUGGACGAGUACUUCUUCCUGCAGCCGCUGACCACCAGGAAGCGGCGGGCCCUGCUGCGGGCGUCGGGGGUGAAGAAGAUCGACGUGGAGGAGAAGCACGAGCUGCGAGCCAUCCGCGUGUCCCGGGAGGACUGCGGCUGCGACUGCAGGAUCUUCUGCGACCCCGAGACCUGCGCCUGCAGCAUGGCGGGAAUCAAGUGCCAGGUGGACCGCAUGUCCUUCCCGUGCGGCUGCACGAAGGAGGGCUGCAGCAACGCGGCCGGGCGCAUCGAGUUCAACCCCAUCCGCGUGCGCACGCACUUCCUGCACACCCUCAUGAAGCUGGAGCUGGAGAAGAGCCGCGAGCUGCCGCAGCCCUGCGCGGCCGGCGGUUACCACGCCGACGCCGCCGCCGCCGCGCAGGCCCAGCACGGGCUGGAGUACGCCCUCGCCGACGCCGUCCCCCAGACCGCCGCGCUCAUGCACCUGCAGGUGGGGGGUGAGAUCAGCGACCCCACCGAGGACGAGGAAGAGGAGGAGGACGAAGAGGACGAGGAGGAGGAUAACGAGGAUGAUGACGACGAAGACGACGGCAGCAGCAUCUGCAGCGGCCUGUCCGACUCCAGCACCCAGAGCCCCGCGGCCAGCGACUCCGAGGAGGACGAGGGCGAGGAGCGGGACCAGCCUGGCCAUUUCGAGGACGCCACGAACAUCCCUCCCAUCUCCCACACCGAGGUGGUGCCCCUGUCCUCCGUGCUGUGCUACCCCAACGGCACAUUGCAGCAAGACGGCUGCACCAACGGCAGCGCCUACUUCGCCAGCCCUCCUGCAGAGCGUUACCAGAGGGAGAACUCCAGCACCGUGCUGGAUAACGUGACAACCAGCCAGACAGCAGAGCCAUACGGCAGCGUGUCCCCUUUCCACGACCAGGUAACCAACGGCAACAAGCCCAUGUCACUCGGGCCCUUCGGCAUGGCCUCGGAGCGGUACCCAGACUACCCCGGUCUGCCGGAGGAACGGUACGCCAGUCAGCACUUCUCUGUGCCCAACGGGACGCCCUCAGUUUCCGCCCGCUGCACGGCCCCCGACAUACAAAACCACGCCCAGUCCAUCGGGACAUACCGGGAACUCCCCGGGGGCCGCCCCCCCACAGACAUCCAGGACUACUUGAAUAAUAACUCACAAGAGCUCUAUGCCAGCAAUGGGAACUGUUUCAUGGCAAAGCAGCUCAAGGAGGUAUCGAGCACACUGUCUGAAGUCCCCUCUCUGCCGGGCAGUCAAAAGAACCCCCCGCCCAUAGAGAGUCUGCCCGAGGUCUCACCUGUGUAGUGUGUCUAUCGAGGAAUCACUUUUUUAGUCCAACUGUGGAACUACUAAAUAGUGAUAAAUGAGAAUAAAACAUCCAUUACUAAUUUGGGAGAGAAAUUGUGGCUUUUCUUUAGAUACAACUUUUAACAAAUGACUUGAUUGCACAUGGAAUUUCCAUUUUAAAACUUGCCUGUUUUCUUGUUUUUUAAAAGGGUCCAGGGUCAGGUGGAACUGUUUUAUAAACAUCCAACUGUACCAAUAGUAAUUUACAAUGCAAAAAGAAAUACUACAAAACAAAGUAUAAGCUUUAGGCCUGUGCAAUGUAAUAAUCUUGUAAUUUCAAAGGGUCUAGUUUUCCGCAGAUUGUGAAUAGAACUUUUAUAUGUCUAUGUGUCAUUGUGGAAAAGGUACAUUGUUUCAGCUUUA